CGGCAGCUGAACUCAGCAGAGACUCUUGAGGGCUCUUCGAGUAGCUGCCUGAUCUCUCUCCUUGCCCAGCACUCCCUUCCGUUGCCCCCACGAUGGCCAGGAACCACCAGGUGCAGAAAGCCAAGCUGGCUGAGCAGGCCGAGCGCUAUGAGGACAUGGCCGACUUCAUGAAGGCAGUGGUGGAGGACGGAGCUGAACUCUCGAACGAGGAGCGCAACCUCCUCUCCGUCGCCUACAAGAACGUGGUCGGCUGCCAGAGGUCUGCCUGGAGGGUCAUCUCCAGCAUCGAGCACAAGACCGAGGAAGGUGACGACAAAUCCCAGCUGGUCAACGAAUACCGGGAGAAGAUUGAGAAGGAGCUGAAGGAUGUCUGCAACGUUGUCCUGGGGCUGCUGGACAAGCACCUCAUCCAGAAAGCCGGCGACCCAGAGAGCAAAGUCUUCUACCUGAAGAUGAAAGGCGACUAUUUCCGCUACUUGGCCGAGGUGGCCACUGGGGAUGACCGCAAGCAGAUCAUCGACAAUGCACGGAAAGCUUACCAAGAGGCAAUGGACAUCAGCAAGAAGGAGAUGCAGCCCACGAACCCUAUCCGGCUGGGCCUCGCCCUCAACUUUUCGGUCUUCCACUAUGAGAUCGCCAAUGCCCCAGAAGAGGCCAUCAAGCUAGCCAAAACCACCUUUGACGAGGCCAUGGGCGACCUGCACACGCUCAGCGAAGACUCCUACAAAGACAGCACCCUCAUCAUGCAGCUUCUCAGGGACAACCUCACAUUAUGGACUGCAGAGUGUUCAGGAGAAGAAGCAGGAGAGGCUGGUGAAGAGCCAAAGAACUGAACUUUGCAGACUGCAGAACGACGGUAACUCAUUGUCUCCCCUGCAACCUCACUGUCUCUCUCCCACCUGUCCCACUUUCCCAACCCAUCCUAUUUUUAUAAGAUUCGUUUUCUCCAGCUCCUGGGAGUUCCAGCUGGAUUUUGAUAGCAAAAGGGGACUGAUCCAUGCACAAAUGGGACGUCAGCAUUUACCUAACUCUCAUGUGGCAGCUUUCUGGAGGGGCAUCACUAUUUCCUGGCCUCUGUACUUCCUGGUAUGGGACCUCUUCCUGCAACCCAGAGCUCCUUGCUUUGUAUUAACUCUUGUAUCUAUCUGGUUAGCACCUGGUUAACACACGAGUCUUCCUGACCUGUCAUGGAGGACAGAGAUAUCUGAAUGUAUAUGUGUGUAUACAUAUAUUUAGUGUUUAACUGUGGAAGAAAUAAUUUUUUGUAUUGUUUUGCAUGGUAAAGUUGCCAAAGUAGCAGCUGAACAGAAUUAAGCAAGAGUUGUCACCUUUGCUUCUCACAGCCCCCUUUAAAAAAGAAAUCUGCUGGGUUUUCUCACUCAGGGCAUCCUGUUGUAAGAAGAUGGAGGUGGUGGGCCUUUUCAGGGGUAGCAGGGGGGCAGGACGGGUGGAACUCUUCCGAGCGGGUUAAGAAUAGCAAUCUCAAGAGGGCCUCUUGUUAUCAUGGUGUUACUGAGGUGGUUUGCUACAGUCUUCUUCCCCAAUAAAAAGUUCACUUUCACACCUA